CCCUGGAUCACGAGGUCCAUCAUGCGGAAGUACCGGGAACCUGAUUAACGUAAAAGCAAAACAGUCGAAUAGGUUAACUUAAAGGUGAUGUGUCUGUGAUUAGUGUUGCACUUUACGACAAAAGACCCAGUAGCUUCUCUAGAAAAGGCAUCGAAAUGUCGUCGGAGGAAUUUGAGAAACUGCACGAAAUCUAUAAAUCACUGUAUGAGGAGAUCAAGCUAAUGCCAGAGAGAGCUCUGAAAUGUCACGGAGAGGAAAGGAAGAGGUUGGUGAGGACCUUCGAUGAGAGACAUGGGGAGACUGAUGAAGUGUUACAAGGAAUGGAGGAAGAGCUGCGUGCGGCACCUUCCUCCUACCGAAAUGCAAUGAGUACAAAGCUGCGCAUGUACCGCCGGGAUCUGGGCAAGCUGCAGAGGGACAUGAAAAACUCUGCUCCGGCCUUUGGUUCGACUUCCCAGACAUCAGAGGGAAGUCGUCAUGGCAUCUAUUCGUCAGAAAACCAACAAAGUACACAGCUGCAAUCCCAGAGAGCGUUGCUGCUCCACGGCACGGACUCUCUGAACAACGCCACCCAGAGUAUUGAACGGAGUCAGCGCAUCGCAGCUGAGACGGAUCAGAUCGGCACAGAUAUCAUCGAGGAGCUGGGAGAGCAGAGGGAGCAGCUGGACCGCACCAGAAACCGAUUGGUGGAUACUGGAGAUAACCUCAGUCGAAGUAGAAAAAUUCUUCGUGCCAUGUCACGGCGGCUGGUGACGAACAAGUUGCUGUUAGCUGUCAUCAUUUUAAUGGAGUUGGCCAUUCUGGGUGCUGUGGUUUAUCUGAAGUUCUUCCGACGAUGAGCAAACUAAACCAUCUGAAAAACAAUCUUAAGCUCUGGAUUCAGGGCAAACCCAGACUCUCUACAUCUGUCUCCACUGACUAUCAAGUAGCAAUAAUGCUCCUCUGCUGUUUUCAGCCACCUGUUUCUGUGAAUAAAUAAGGACAUUGAGGGGGUUCAGUCCUAAAGUGAACCUUCACUGACAGGGGACUCGGUCCAUGGGCGGGUGAAGUUAAUUAGACAAGAAUGACUAAUUGUUGAACCUGCUAAUGGACCAAAUCGACAGAAACUCCACGCACAAACUGUGACCUGAGAUUUCCACUGUUUGAUCAGACUGUUAAUGCCCUGCAGGAUGACGUUAUGGACUCGUGUGCUGCCUGCUACCGGCCUCAGUACGGAUUCUCUGUCAGGAUUUAUUCAAGCUGGAGUACGAUCAACUUUCUCCCGCAUGUGUAGAUUCUCUGUUCACUGUCCCUGUGAAAUGUCACCUUAGCUCGGCAGUUCUGGGAGGAUUACACAUUCUCAGAUUUGAGAUCUCGAGACGAAUGUAUUGUGCCAUUAUCUUUAAAAUACUAAACAAAAGUAUUUGAUGAAGUGGCACGAGUUGAAUUUCUUUUGUUGCGUCAUCAUGCCCCGUAUCCAAAUGGUUGUAUUUAGCAAUUUUUUCUAAAUCACUGAGGCCAAAUUUUGUCAGUCAGAGAUGUGAAUUAGAAUUGUGUGGAAACUCUUGAUACGUGGACCUUAACAGUUAAUAAUGUUGUCUAAUUGCUUCAUAAUACAAAGAUCACUCUGAGAAAAAGCUGGAGCAUUCCUCAUUUGCUUGUCUCAAUAUCAUCAUAUAAUUAAUCUUCAACCUCGGUUUGCAAUAUAUCUGGUAUUUCCAGGGCCGGCAGUCAAAGUGAGAAAAACAUCCGCUGUGGAGCUGACGUCACCAAAAUGUGUCACAGGCUGAAGCCCCGAACCAGGUCAGUGCUGCGUAAACAGCACCUGUUACUAUUAAAUUCAUUAUCAAAUAAUAUGAUAAGGUUAUUCUUAGUGCCGUGUUCCUGAAGUGGAACAUCUGCCACCAUGUUUUUCUUCCGCAUAGAUAUCAUGCCUUCCUCGAGUGGUGCCAAGCACAACAACAUGUUGGCUGACCUGCUUGUGGGGGGCGGGUGGGGGGCGGGUGAGGGGCGGGGUCAAAUGUCAAUGUGUGAAUCUGUUUUUUUUCUUCUUUUGUCUGACGUAUUGCUUUCACGCCCCCUUCGAAAAAAACACAACAAAUAAAGUACAACUUUUGUGCUGUUACUAACAGUAAAUACUAUGUUUGCAUUUCUGCAUGUAAAUUGUAAUAUUUUAUGAUACAAUUGCAACUAAUCAUUACAGUAACUAUGACGCCAGCAACACGGAUAGUUUAGUUUAACUGGAUCCCCAUUAGCUGACGCUUUAGCAACGCUGUUGUCCACAGGAAGGACAAAAUGUAAUGCAUACAAAACAUGACGUGAAACAAACGGUUAAAAAAUAGUACAAACAGAAUGAUAUAAAAAUGGUAGUCAGAUACCUAGUACAGUCGAGGACUAGGAUGUAUAUUGUGCAGUACAUCAGUAAUUUAUACAAAGAAGGAUCCAAUGACUACAAAAGUGAUGGAAAAUGUCAAGUGGUUAAUGGCCUGAAGUGCGUCUUUUAAUUGUUUUUUAAAUGACUAAUUACCUGUAUGAGGAGGUAGUAAAUUCCAAGCGGUAAUUGCACGAAAAGUAACUACAUUUGAGGUUUGUUUUUGGGGUUGGAGGUACCACGUGACCUAAGCUAGUGUUCCUUGUGUAAUGGUUGUGUCUGUUACAUGUAUAUUGUAACUGAAUAAAUAUUCAGGUGUCUGAUUAAAUACUAUUCUGAAAAACA